UGUGUGGUUUUUUUAUAACUAAACUUGAGUUUUAUAAAAUGAAUUUUUCAAGUGGUGAUAGUGUAUCGGCGCGAAUUCCUGGUUCUCGUGCAUAUUCCGAUGGUAAAAUUAAAACAAUAAAAGGUGAUUCUUGUAUUGUGUAUUUUCCGUUAGCCGAAAAGGAAUUUUCAAUACCAAAAUCAGAAUUAAUUGUCGGCCCGAUAACAUCGUCUCGAAAUCGAUCACCGGCUAGAAAAUCACCAUCGAGAACAACACGAUCUCCAGGUCGACCGAAAUCUCCUUCACGACAACAAGUUGCUGAACCAAAGGCAAAUGAAAAAUCGAAAUCUCCAUCACGUACUACUCGACCAAAAUCACCGUCUCGAAAAGAAAAAUCUCCUUCACGGAAAGAAAAAUCUCCUUCACGUAAAGAGGCUAAAUCAACCACAAAAGCAGAAAAAUCACCACGUAAAGAAAAAUACCCUGCACGAAAAUCACCAUCACGGAAUGCACGUAAAGAUAAAAAUACAGAGCCACCUAAAUCACGUAAAAGUAAGGAUGACGAACCACUUAGCUCACGUAAAGAUUCAACAACCGAACCAGAAUCUGAAUCAGAAAAAGAUCCAUUUUUAAAUCGUUUCCGUAAUAGAUCUCGAAAACGAUCUGAUGAUGAAAAACAAACUGCAAGAGUAUCGCCUUUAAAUACGGUAAAUGGUGUUGUUGAGAAAGUUAGCUCAUCGAUUGGAGUUAUGACUCGACGUGCAUUGCGAACCGCUUCACAACCGAAGGAAAUCGAAAAAAUUAUACAUUAUCAAGAUACAAUCGAACAAAUUUAUCGCAAUGAAUUCUCUGAUAACGAAGUUGAACCAGUUUUUGAAACGUUUAAAACAAAGAAAGCUUCAACACCGCUUCCAGUAUCAAAAGAACCGUUAUCACGUAGCGUUCCCACAAUUAAAAUUGAAAAGGAAUUUGGUGGAACAUUAGGAACAAUAUUCUUUGCAAUUGUUGCCGUUUUAUUCCCUAUUUGGCUCCAAUUAUGGUGUAACAAAGAUCAUUGCGAGUACACGAAAAUACCCGAUUUGAAACCAGUACUCAAAAAUUGGAGAAAAUUAUUUGAUUUGGAGGUAGCUCUAGUUUAUGUGGGUUUCCAGUUAUUGUACGCACUAUUAUCGAUUCUACCGAUAGGUGGACGAAUUGUAGAAGGUCCGCUAUCGAAGUAUGGUAAAAUUCGUUUACGUGCAAACGGUUUAUUCUCGUUUGUUGUGGUUACAGCGAUUAUUUUUGGUUUGGAAUAUAAAAAUAUACGAGCAUUGAAUUUGAUUUAUGAAAAACAAUUUCAAUUUUUAAUAGUUGCGAUAAUUUUUGGAAUAGCACAAGCGAUUUUCUUGUACAUUCGUAGUUCGUUUGUACCGUUGGGCAGUUUAAAUGUUCAAGCUAAUACUGAUAGUCGUUUUUAUAAUUUCUUUAUGGGUUGUGAAUUGAAUCCACGAAUUUUUGGAUUGUUUGAUGUGAAACAAUUGUUGAUACGAACUUCAGCACAUGUUGCGGUCCUUAUUUAUUUGGCAUACUUGGUUCGAUCUGCUGGUGUAAUUUCACCUUUUGACUUGAGGUUGGAGACAAUUGUUGUGAAACCGACUUUAAUAACAAUUUGUCUAAUUCAGAUGUACUUCUUCAUUGAUGUUUUAAUCUUUGAAAAUAUAUGGUUAUCAAGUUUUGAAAUUCAAAGCGAAGGUGUUGGAUUUAUGAGCACUGUUGGAUAUGGAAUUUGGCCAUUUUCAGUAACUUUAAUUGGCAAAUAUAUUUUCGAACACAAUAUUGAACGACCAUUAUGGGUUUUAGCUAUAAUAGUCAUCUUAUAUGCAAUUGGUUUAACUAUUUAUCAUGGUAGCAAUAGCCAGAAACAUGAAUUCCGGAAAAAUCCAUUUAAUCCAGCAUUAGCACAUUUAGAAACAAUUCCAACGAUGCAAGGUAAAAAACUUCUAGUAUCCGGUUAUUGGGGUGUUGUACGACAUCCAAACUAUGCUGGUGACAUAUUAAUGGAAUUAGCAUGGUCAAGUAUUGCACCAUUAAGUCCAGCUGCAUUAGUUGCACUUCCAUUUGCAUUAGCAUUCUUCAUACAUCGUGCAGCACGUGAUCAUGCACGAUGCAAACAAAAGUAUGGAUCAGCAUGGGAUCGAUACUGUGAACGUGUUAAAUAUGUUUUAAUACCAAAAGUGUAUUAAGGAAUAAAAUAACCCAAAGAAAGGUUGUUUUUUAGGAUUUAAUUUACUUAAUUUUUAAGGCUUUUUAUCCCUCAAAAUGUAUAUUUAAAAAAAAAUAUAUAUAUAAACCUUUGUCUAUCCAAAGUUUUUUUCAGCACUUUGUCGUAUUGAAUCGAAUCGAAUUAUUCGUUUUAUGAAUAAUUUGGGUCAAUAUUUUAAGCACAACAAUGGAGCUGCGGACAUCUCGAAAACUUUCCGUGUUCACAGUGUUUAGAUUAAACGACUCUCAUACUUUCUAGAAAAUAUCGAAACCAUAAAAUAAUGUUUUUGUUGCGAAAAUCUUGAAAAAAUUAUUAUAAAUUUAAAGACUGUGUUUAGCGGAGGUCUUCAAGAUGAACGUAUCUCAGAUAUUUUAGAAUUUUAAAGACGUGGGGAAAAUUAAAUUUUCUCCACGUCUUUAAGUCAUUGUAUAUUUUGAGUUCUUUCAUCUCAAAUGUCUCUGUAUAGAAACAUUAAUUUUUGAGUUGAAAGUUCUGUUUUAUCCAAACUUUGAACACACAAUUUUUUAUUACUUUUUAAUUUUACAGCAUAAAUUCUGGAUUAGAUUAAUUUUCACAAUUUGAUGUUAAAUGGGACUUUAUUAUUUUCCCAGAUUUAAAAUUUAAUAGGACAUUUCAUAUAAUACGUAUACAUAAAGGACAUAUCAUUAAUUUUAAGAUCCUGUAGACGAUCUCCUAGGGGUCCUCCAAAAAAAAGGUGUCUGUCAAUGAGCACCAUAUCUCUGGCUCUAAUUUGAUGAUAUACGCACGCUUUUCUUGAACUUUUUCAAGCGGAAUGUGUUUUUUAUUAAGUCAAAAAUGUAUUUUAAUGUGUAGAACUUUUAAAGUUCAAUUACUUUCCAUUUUAACAUCGAUUUUUGAAAAUCAGUCGUAAUUUUUUUUUUAGUUUUUAAAACGAUCGAUUAAGGCAUUAAAUGAUUUUAUAUAAUAAUUAAUAUAUAGGCUAAAUAUUUUUAGGCUUACGCACAAUCUUGACUUCACACUUGGAUAAGAUGACCCAAGAGAUGUUUAUUUAAUUAGGGUAAAAAUUCAUAGAGAUUUAUACGAUCAUCAAAAGUAUGAAAGGCAAAUUUUAAAUA